AUGGCUAAUCUCACGCGCCGACUUGGACUCGAGGAGACUCAGAUUCUGUGCGUUGAUGAUUUUCGUGGCUGGCCCGGUUUUCGAGACCGGUUUAGAGACAUGGCGUUGGUUAACGGCGAUGUUUUGCUUUUGUAUCAGUUUAUGCAAAAUGUUGUUAGCUCGGAUUUAACCGGUUCGAUUUUACCGGUUCCGUUCUCUACUGGUUCGGCUUUGGAGAAGCUGUGUGAGUGGGGUGUGACGGCGGAUCUGGUUGAGAUAGACGCGGGUCAUGAUUUCAAUUCGGCUUGGGCUGAUAUAAACCGGGGGGUUAGGAUACUUCGACCAGGAGGAGUUUUGUUCGGUCACGAUUAUUUCACCGCAGCGGAUAAUAGAGGAGUGAGGAGAGCUGUUAAUUUGUUCGCAGAGAUUAACCGGUUAAAAGUCAGAACCGAUGGUCAACACUGGGUUAUCGAAUCUGUUAAUGUAAUUUGA